CAACCCACCCCCCCCCCCCUUUCCCGGGGUUCCCUCUCCGCCUCUCCACCCGCCAUGGCCACCGCGGUGGUCCCCCAACUCCGCCCCGCCGCCACUGGGGCUGGGUCCCGCGGCCACCGCCGGCCGCCGGCGCCGAAGCUGGGCCUUGCGGCGGGGCCGAGGGCGCGCUCCACGGCCGUCGCCGCCGCCCCGUCUCCGGCGACCGGCGGGGUGACGCCGGUGCCACCCCGCUCCAGCCGCUCGGUUAUAAAGCGUCACACGCUAUCAGUUUUUGUUGGUGAUGAAAGUGGGAUGAUCAAUCGAAUUGCUGGGGUUUUUGCUAGAAGAGGAUAUAACAUCGAGUCAUUGGCUGUUGGGCUGAACAAAGAUAAAGCCUUGUUUACAAUAGUAGUGUCAGGAACAGACAAAAUAUUGAACCAAGUUGUAGAGCAACUAAACAAACUUGUUAAUGUUAUAAAGGUUGUUGACUUAUCAAAAGAACCACAAGUUGAAAGAGAACUGAUGCUUAUAAAAAUAAAUGCAGAGCGAGAUAAGCUGCCUGAGAUAAUGGGUUUGGUCCGCAUUUUCAAAGCAGAAGUGGUUGAUCUUUCAGACAAUACACUAACUAUUGAGGUAACUGGAGAUCCAGGAAAGAUGGUUGCAAUACAGAAGACUCUGAGCAAACAUGGGAUCAAAGAGAUUGCUAGAACUGGCAAGAUUGCUUUGCGCCGUGAAAAAAUGGGAGAAACUGCUCCAUUUUGGAGGUUCUCUGCAGCUUCUUAUCCUGAUCUUGAAGUGACAAUACCGUCAACUUCUCGACUAAGCACUGGAGUGGAUGCAAUCAAUCAGAUUUCCAACGAAUCUUCAGGGGGUGAUGUUUAUCCAGUAGAAUCUUAUGAAAGCUUCUCAUCAAAUCAAAUUCUUGAUGCUCAUUGGGGUGUUAUGACUGAUGGUGAUCCAACAGGGUUUUGUUCACAUACUUUAUCGAUUCUUGUGAAUGAUUGCCCUGGAGUUCUCAAUGUUGUAACAGGUGUUUUCUCCCGAAGGGGCUACAAUAUUCAGAGUCUUGCUGUUGGCCCAGCUGAAAAAGAAGGAACUUCUCGCAUCACUACUGUUGUUCCUGGAACUGAUGAAUCCAUUACUAAACUAGUACAUCAACUGUACAAGCUCAUUGACGUUUAUGAGGUCCAGGAUUUUACUCAUUUACCAUUUGCUGCUAGAGAGCUAAUGAUCAUAAAGGUCGCUGCAAAUGCUGCAGCUCGAAGGGAUGUCCUAGAUAUUGCUCAGAUUUUUGAGGCCCAGAAAGUUGACAUAUCAGACCACACAAUUACACUACAGCUUACUGGAGACAUUGACAAAAUGGUUAGAUUGCAUAAGAUGCUAGAGCAAUAUGGCAUCUGUGAGGUUGCACGAACUGGCCGGGUUGCUCUGCUCCGUGAGUCUGGAGUCGACUCCAAAUACCUCCGUGGGUUUUCCCUCCCACUAUAGUUCACCACUUGCUGACUUACCACUCCACGCUUUGAGGUUGCGCAUUCGGUUGUCUUCGGAGCAUGUCUUUUCCUUUUGGAGCAAUAGUAGUAGAAGAAUCAUUCAAAAACCAUAGGGUGAGAACCGUAGGAAGUAUAUUCUGUACAAUCGUGUUAGUUGGCUCAAAAACCUUUGGGACGUCUCUGGAAUCCAAUGUGCUUAUGCUGUAAGUUUCUUGCUUAUGGUAGUGUCACAUAUUUGCAACAAAGAUGGAAAUGUCACGCAGUGAAGGGGAGGUUUGCAAAUCAGAAAUGUACCUACCAAUAUUCUAUUUGAAAGGAGAGGAAAUUUUUGGCGUGGAAGCCAUAUUAAA